CCGGUGCAAGCGGAAGUGGUACUGCCCUGAAGAUCCCGAACAGCGAGACGGAGGACGGAGAGAGAGACUCUCGUCGCCUAGAGAUAAAAGCAGGACUAAAAUUACAUUAAUAAUCCUCUUGAAAAUGGAUAAGAGCGACCUGGUACAGAAGGCUAAGCUGGCCGAGCAGGCCGAGCGCUAUGACGACAUGGCGGCAGCGAUGAAGGCGGUGACGGAGCAGGGCCACGAGCUCUCCAACGAAGAGCGCAACCUGCUGUCCGUGGCCUACAAGAACGUGGUGGGCGCCCGCCGCUCCUCCUGGCGCGUCAUCUCCAGUAUCGAGCAGAAGACCGAGGGCAACGAGAAGAAGCAGCAGAUGGCGCGCGAGUACCGCGAGAAGAUCGAGGCUGAGCUGCAGGACAUUUGCAACGACGUGCUGGGACUUCUUGAUAAGUACCUCAUUGCCAAUGCGACUCAGGCAGAAAGCAAGGUCUUCUACCUGAAAAUGAAAGGAGACUAUUACAGAUACCUGUCUGAAGUGGCAUCCGGUGACUCUAAGAAGAAAGCCACAGUUGAGAAUUCCCAGCAGGCCUACCAGGAGGCUUUUGAAAUCAGCAAGAAGGAGAUGCAGCCGACGCACCCCAUCAGACUGGGCCUGGCUCUCAACUUCUCUGUCUUCUACUACGAAAUUCUCAACUCCCCUGAGCAGGCCUGCAGCUUGGCAAAGACGGCUUUUGAUGAAGCAAUCGCUGAGCUCGACACCUUGAACGAGGACUCCUACAAAGACAGCACGCUGAUCAUGCAGCUACUAAGGGACAACCUCACUCUGUGGACAUCAGAAAACCAGGGCGACGAAGCAGAUGCUGGAGACGGGGAAAACUAAUGGCAUUGCACUUCACUGUUAAUCCACCCACACUCUAUCUUACACACAUUCAGCCCAUAUGUACCCUGCUCCAUCAGGAUCCCCCUUCUGUAUGACAAGCAGCAAGAAUUGUACCUGACCUAGCAUUUGUGCCCUCCUCAAAUAGCUCAGAGGUGACAGGGUAACAUUCAGUUAAUAGCAGGCUCACAGUCUCUUGUUUUUGUGAAUUAGCACCAGGUCUAGCAGUGAGGAUAUUUUCCUGUUUUUUUUUCUGUUUGCCCACCCCACUUCCCCACCCUCUCCAGUUUCGUCAGUUCCAUUUUUUAUUUUUAAUCUUAUGUUCUUUCACCCAGCAAAUUGUGCAUUAUAGUAUACAUCAUUUUUUGUUAUUGUUAACUUUUAUAGUGUAAUCUGUCAUGGCAUUUGCAGGUUUUAUUCUAAGGUUAUUAAACUGGCAGUUUAUUUUCACCAAACACUGUGACGCUUAGUUUUGUUUUUUCCCAUCACAUAUAUAUAUGUUUGUGUAUAUAUAUGUAAAUUAGUAAUUCUGGUCUGUAAAAUGCAGAAGGCCGUGUGGUGCUGUGUUUGGGAAACCGUACAAUUCUGCUGUCGGCUCAUACAGAAUGGAUUGAUAGGCUGUAUUGUGACACUGACUAAUGUGCAUAUUGCUAUGUAAUCAUGUUCACAAUUUUAUUUUGCAUAAAAACAUAAAGGGACCCAAUGUUUCCAUUCCAGAUAUGUUUGGGUUUUUUAAAAACAUUCCUUCAUAACAUUUGUUGAAAAUUGGCUGCCUUUGAACAAAAGUAUUCUCUUAAUGCACUGUCCAGGUAAAAUGAACAUAAAGGUGCUGUUUGGUAUCAGUACAGCAAACCUCAUGUUGUGACUUUUCCCUUUUUUCCUUGCAUAACGAUAGCUUUUUUCAGUGAAACCUAAAAUGUAAAUUUAAACUUAUUUUAAAGAAGAUGUUACAUCAUAAUGUUGUGAACGUGCUUGCAUUGAACCACCUUAAAGCCAUUGCUUUUAAUUUGUUCCAGUUGGCGUUUCUGGAGCCUACCCUUAAGCUGACAGUUCAAACUGACUAAAAUGACUUUCUGUGCUCUGAACAGCAGUAUGUGAAAAUGCUAGAAAAGCCUGUUAUAAUAACCUGUGCUAACUAAUCGUAGACCUGAAGUUUCCGGAAACCUGGUGGCUUGUAGGCUUGGGAAUGGUACCCGUUGUUUGACCACUGCUGAUAUCUGUGGUUCCGAGAGGACUGACCUGUUAGCACUGGGACAGAGGACAGGUGUUGCCCAAUAGGCACCUGGUAGCUCUGAACUGUGGGGUUGGAGUAGAUUUAAGAUCUGUGAUUGAAGUGAAAGAUUAAGCUGAAUUAAUUCAGUGUCACAAUACACAGCCACUACCAUAACAUUCCAUAUAGGUGUAGAAUUCAUCUGUCUGUCAGUCUGUCUUGCUGAAGACAAUGUUUCAUGCACUGAAUAAAAUCUCCCUUCUAGCUGAACAAAUGGCAGUUAAUAUUCUACGCUUGAUAAAUGCAGUAGUGAAUGUGGAACCGAGCCUGUCUGUAUAUCUGGUAUCUCUACUUGCUUUGUUUUUACUGACCAGUAUUCUGCCUAAAGUUUGCUUCUGUGACGGUUUUAUCGCCUAGUGCGCACGUGGUUGUGAAAAUUUAGUAUAGCUUAAAAAAAGAAAAACUAAAAAAAAUUAUACCUGGUUAUUGACGUAAUACUAGAUUUGUGUAUGUCUUUUAAAACAGUUCUAGUUUCACCUUACAUGUAAUAAUCAGGAAAGUGUAAAAGACAAUUUAAAGUGAAAUAAAAGUUUUAUCAGUUCAGAAUUUUCCUGCUUUUCUGUUUAAAAAAAACUGCCACAUUUAAAAAAAAAAGCUUAUCUUUCUCCGGUUAGGUGUUUUAAAAACUUUGGCCUAGGGCUUUAGAUGUCUAUAUCCUGUUUCCUGUUUAGGUUUGUACCUAAUAUGUGAAGGGUAAUAAAAUCCAUUUCAUUUGUGUAAUGAAGAGAAAUUGCACAAUAA